CCCGGACACGUUCAACUUUGUUACAAAUACAACCGUCUGGCUGGAACGGAACCUGAAAGCCAAUUUAUUUCAUUGUGGUCGCUAGAGGUGAACAGACGUUUAGUACAAUUUCGUGAUUUUUUCCAAAUAAUUUCCUCAAAGUUUUAUAUUUAGUGAUACCUUAUUACACAUUAUCAAGUGAAAAUGAUGUCCCAAAGUAUGCAAGAAGAAGCUAAACUCGAUGCCAUGCAACGCCAUUGGCAAUCACUUCGUCGCGGAACCCCUUCUUCAAAUAUAUUAUUUGAAGAUGUUAUUCAGACUGAUAAUAUAUUAGCUUUACCGAUUCAAAAUUCUCAUGUUGAAAAUCAGAUUGGGGCUUGCGCGACAAUUCUGAAAAGUUUAAGCUGUGAUUUGGAUAGUGAUUCGGAAUUUAUCGAUAUUCAUGACUGUAACGUUACCCCCAAGUCCCCGUUCCAAAUCCCCGAAACCGAGGAACCAAUAAAAGGUCCUUUAAAACUAGACGCCUCCUCUUUAGGAGACAUACCGGGGCAAUACACAAUCUGUGCCCUGGAACCCCAUCAACUACCAGUCGUCGGGGUAUAUAUCGACCCUCGAGUGGUACCCGGUUUCAAAUACCUUGUCAGACCCCUACCCGAAGUCGGUAAACCAUCCACGAUGAACAAAUGCCUUUUCAACGGCAAAGCUUUGACAUUAACGUCGAUCGGUAGGGGAUACGCCAGACGAUUCACUUUCGAAUCCGAUAAAUUCAUCGGCAACGACAACUAUUUCUGGAGCGAUAACCGACCGGAAGGUUACGCCUUCGAAUUGGAGCUACUCUCCGAAGGCGACAAAUUCACUUUCUUCAACCCCAACGGAGAACCCGAAGGCACCGUCGAAGUACUUUCGAUCGAGGGUCCCCAAACCGAAAUUUUUAGCUCGUUUAAAAACGGCCUCGUAGAUAAGAGGGCGACCGUUACUUUUACCGGUAAAGUCGAAUAUUACGAAACCGGCGUUGCCAAACCGGUGCUCCUUUCCGGGACGAUUCUGUCUCGAAAAUUGAAAAACAAACCGCGCGCCGAGAUACUUAAAAUCAGUCGCGUGAAUAUCAGAAGACACAGAUAUUAUUUGUUACCCGGUAUACAAAAAAUCCAUAGGAGAUUCACCGUUAGAGGGGACAGUAUCAACGAUGUUCCCACCAAGUACACCAUGACCGGUUUGGAGUCGUACGAGAUCCCGGUUGUUGGUACUUACGUCGAUCCUCGUAUAAUACCGGGGUUUUUCUAUAAAGUGAGACCGAACGAUAGGAGGAAUCACCUUUUCGGAGGUAGAGCUUUGAGGUUGUUGAGCAUAGGGAUGGGGUACGCUAAGAGGCUCACUUUCCAGCCGGAUUCUCUCGUCGAACCUGAUAAUUAUUUGUGGUCAGAUAGUCAUCCGGACGGUUUGGGUCUGGAACCCAGGGCGGUGCAUAAAGGGAUGAAAUUCGUUUUGGAAUCCGGCGAUGUGGUGCUUGGGGAAGCGACAGUUUUUAGGGAUGAUUUGCCUCAAGUCGAAGAACAUAUGGAGAGGAUAAAGACUCCUAACGGCGAAGCUGUCCAAAAAUACAUUUUCAUCGACGUGUUAUGUCACAUCCGUUUAGCCAGAACCGGCGGCGCCUCAACCGAAAACGAAGAACAUCUGAUGAGGGUGACGGGAUUAGCUGUCGUUCGAAAAGAACCGAAAGCUUCCGAAGCGAACGUUAUAAGAAUAGAAAAUAUCGGUUUCGAUUCGCAAUUACUCAUUUUAUUCGCUAGAACGUACCCCGAUCUCACUCUAGUUCCAAAAAUUUAUUGAAUGCAAUAAGUCGCUCCCGACCUGGCAACUAUGUUUUAUAUUAAAAUUUAUUUUGCGCGUGCGUCUCGAUGAAGAUAAAUUUGUUUUUAUUUCAUGAUAGGAAAUUUGAUGAUAUACUGUAAUGGUUGUUAUAAAUUAAUUGUGACUUUACUUGUAUAUAUAUAUUUGUUAUAUUUUUUUUAAUAAUAAAAUAUUUAAAACG